AUGAAGUACUUGUUUUCAUACUCGGCCGUCACGGCUCUGCUGGAGGCCUCAUUGGUCCUCCAGGCCGCGGCUGUUGCAAUUCCCCUGAAAUUGGAAGCGCGGGGCUUUCAAUUCGAGAAUGUCUUUGCCUUCGGGGAUUCUUACACUACAAAUGGCUUCAACGACCACGGGCCCCAGCCAAAGGCGGAAAACGUUAUCGGGAACCCUAAUUUCCCUGGCGAAACUACAACCGGGGGUAUCAAUUGGCCUGAAUUUCUGGUGACGGCCGUCAGGAACUCCCCAGCGCUUCUUUACGACCUUGCCGUUUCGGGAGCAACAGUUGACAACACCUUCGUCGCUGCGUCAACUGGAGUCUCCACAUUCGUACAGCAGGCGGCUUCGUUCGUCUCGACAUACGGACCAAAUACCGCGGGAGCAGGCGUGUGGACCAGCGACAACUCGCUGUUCACCGUGUGGUUUGGCAUCAACGACAUCAACGCUGGCUAUAAAAACUCGAAUUACGAAACCCUAGUGCACACAGUCAUUAAGAACUACUUUGACCAGGUGACGAAUCUCUACAACUCUGGUGCAAGGCACUUCGUGUUCCUCGGCGUGCCUCCCAUUCAGCGCACACCGCAAUUCAUCUCCCAGGGAUCGGCGGCCCAAGAUGCCGUGACCAACGCCAUUGCUUAUUACAACCAACUUGUCCAGGACGGAGCAAAUGAUUUCAAAAACGCCCACGCUGACGCUGCGGUCUCCUACCUCGACACAAUUCCCGUUUUUGACCAGGCGUUGAACAAUCCUACUGCUUAUGGCUCCCCCGAUGCAGUCUGCUACAACUCCGACGGAACGUCUUGUUUGUGGUGGAACAACUUCCACCCUGGCCAAGCCAUUGAUAAGCUGGUAGCAGAGGCGGUCGCUGAUCUCAUUAAGGGUUAA